CAGCAGCUGUCAGUUCAGUGUGUGUUGAAGUGUCGUGCCGGGUGGGUGUGCGCGCGGCUCGUCUCUCGCUCCCCUCCCUCCACACCUUUCGGAAUUCCCCCCAUAAAUUCAACAGAUGACAGGUGGAGGGAUGUGAUGAGCGAAACGAACAAUAUUAAAACGACUGAUUAAAUUGAACACUUAGACGUGAGAGCUCACCUUCAGAGAAGCAAGGCGCGGGCGGAAACGCAUUAAAGGUGGACCAGAUAAUCGUGUCUGUGCUGUGUUGUGCCGCGGGCGAUCGAGGGAGAGAAGGUGUUGUCACGAGAACGAGCCCGUCAGUGCUGUGGACUUUCGCUGCCUGAAGUGAAACCCAGAGGCGGGCGAGCGGGGAGAGCAGCAGGCAGAGGCCGCCGCCCCAGCUCGCCUCGACCACCAUGCGCAUGAGGAGUCGGAGUGUGGCUGCCGCACCUCCCUCCCACGCGGUGACCGUCGGCGGCAGUGGCGCCUCCCGCAGCCUCCUUAACCUUCCCGGCGAGCUCAAGGUUCACUACUCAGAGGUGGUCAACGUGGCUGAGAAGCUCACCCGCCUGUUCUCCCGCUCACACUCCUACAACGUACACAAACAUCACAAGACGCUUGAUCGCACCUACAAUAAGAAGCCCUCGCACUCCUGGGUCACGGUACAUAACCUUAAGCAGCUGGACGGAGGAAUCUUAGACCCCGAUGAUCGCCUCAAUGACGUAGCCGAUGACCGGGAGCAGAUCAUUGCCCUGUAUGAGGAGCAGCCACACGAGCAUCAGGGCGGGGAUGGCACCUCGGCCUCAUCUGACUCUGAGAAUCCCUCCCCUGAUAUCUUCCAGGACGUGGAGCACAAAUUUUCUCCGUUCACCCGCAAUGACAUAGAGAUCACUGGAGAGGAAUUGAGCGGAGCGCCUCCACCCCUUCAUGUGCGGCGAGGCAGUGAGCCGGCACUGAACCGUCUGUCCCCUAUCCCCCCUGUGAGUGCUCCCCCAGACCCUACUAAGCGAUGGUCUGCGGCACCUAUCAUUGAGGACCAGAACCCAGCACUCACCAGCUCAACACCCAUGAAGACUAUACAAGACGGUCACAGCUCCUAUGAGGAUGAUAACGUUUUUGUGGUGGACCCGGGUGAGCGAGGAGAAGGCUCAGGGGAGGAGAAGACCCCCUCCUCCUCUACUUCUUCCCACCACUCCAACGCUGCUGCCUUCAGCCGCUUCACCCGAGACAACAACAGAUGUUCCGUGCAGGUGUUGUCAGAUAACCCCAUAAUGGCACGCUGGGCUGAUGCAGCUGACAACGUACUGGCGGGGAGUGAGGGGCGGAGGAGAGAACCACUGGGGGGAUCGUCCUCCUCUCCACUCCAUUUCAGAGACUCUUCUCAUGAGGACACCAACACGAUACUUGUGGUGUUAAGCAAUGACCGCGGUCCACUGGGGAUCCACGUGAUUCCCAGCACGGACGGGCGGGGCCAUGACCAGGGCCUGCUGGUGGAGGGAGUGGAGCCUGCUGGCAGGAUAGCUAGAGACGGCAGGAUACAGGUCCAUGAUAGAAUAAUAGAAAUCAAUGGAAGAUCUCUGAACAAUGUAACCUUUCAAAAAGCGCAAGAAAUUUUCAAGGAUGCCAUGCAGACACCUGAGCUAAGGCUACAGGUGGUGAAGGGCCGGGGAAGCAACCACCAACGGCAAGGCUCCUGCAAUGAACUGGUGGAGGGAGAGGAGAGGACAGUAGGUGGGGCCAAAGUGGCCAGUGUGACUGCCACAAGGAAGGUUGGGAGCAUGUCACUCUCAUCACGGACUCAGGCAGUCAUCCUCCAAAGCAAUACUCGUAAGCUGGGCCGGCGGGUGACAGUAAACCUCACCAAAGGACCACACGGCCUUGGCUUUUCUAUCACCACUCGGGACAACCCAGCUGGUGGCGAGGCACCAAUCUAUAUCAAGAAUAUAUUGCCUAAGGGAGCUGCUAUAGAGGAUGGAACCCUUCGUAUAGGUGACCGUCUCCUGGAGGUGAAUGGAGUUGCUGUGACAGGUAACAGCCAGUCUGAAGUAGCAGGACUCCUUCGGCAGAUACCGAUAGGUGGCACAGCAACUCUCAUUGUGUCACGACAGGACCAACGUGGCAGUGAGGCGGCUCCUGUGGACGCUGCAGCAGAUGAAGACAAAAGCUCCAGCCCUCAACUCCCUAGACAGCUGCCCUUAGAAAAGUCUGCUGAUGACAGCCUCAUGUUCCCAUGGAAGCAGAGAGAAAUUCUAAUGUUUGAGAUUCCUGUUCAUGAUUCAGAAAGAGCAGGACUAGGAGUGAGUGUGAAGGGGAAAACUAGCUCAGGUCCAAAUGGUUCAGUUGACUUGGGAAUAUUUGUGAAGAAUGUGAUCCAUGGUGGGGCAGCCUCCAGGGAUGGCCGUCUCCUUCAGAAUGACCAGCUGGUGAACAUCAAUGGUCUUUCCCUCCUUGGGAAGCCCAACAGUGAGGCUAUGAAGACCCUGCGCACUGCCAUGCAUCAAGAGGGUCCAACCCCCGGCAUGAUCUCCCUCACUGUUGCCAGAAGAAUAGACCACAGCAAGGAACGGUCGAGUCCCUCCUCAGCUAACAGGUCAGGUCGGGAGUCUGCCAACAGCCUCCUUACCAACUCAUCAGGCACAGAGACCCUGGGAGGAGCUAAGUCUGCCCCAACUACCCCAACCCCAGACCAUCUGGGCUCCACUGAUGCCUCUGAUGCCACCACAACGUUUCAUUCCAACAAGAAUGAUGACCGGGUGCCCACAGAGAGAGAAUUUGUUAAUGACACCUUUGAUGUACGUAACCCUGUGAUCCAGCGGCUGACCAAUAACAAUGGGGCUCUGCGCAAUGAAAGCUACUAUAAGGCCACACACGAUACCUGGAACACCUCCCAGCUGCAGCAGCUUGUGAUGCGUGUGGACCGGGAAUCCCUGGCACCAGCCGUGGGUGGCACCAACACUCUGGGCUCCCCGACUGUUAACCUGCCAUCCAGGGACACCCUCAUCAUCCAUGAUGACACAGGCACCCAUCUCUCAGGACAAAUGAGUGGGCACGAUGGUCCUGGGGCCUCUGCUGGAAGCUUCAGUGACCAUCCCAGCCAGUCUGAUGAUGCCUACACCAGCCAAACUUCCUUGGAGGAGAAUGUGGCAGGGUUCUCAAGGGAUCAGUUUGGCCGGCAGAGCAUGUCAGAGAAGCGUCAUGCUACACUGGAUGCUAAGAACACCGACACUUACCAGCGCAAUAAGAAAGCAAGGGAAGAAAGAGAGAAACAGAAACAAAUAAUGUUGGCGCAAGAGAAGUUGGCAGCAACGCAGGGUCUUGGGGCAGCUGGGAUGGCAGGUGGCCCUGAGGAAGAGAUGAAGCCAGGUUUAAGGGAGGUGGGCAUUGAUGUACCACCAACUGACCCUCCUCCUGGGCUCCCCCACCCCUCACACCCUGCCCCACCCAGUGCCAGGCCUGCCCCCAACACCUCACGCUGGGGCAGAACUAAGCAAAAUACAUUACCAUCUAAGUCCAAAGAUGAAAAUAAACCUCCUAAGAAUAAGUCAGACCAAAUGUCAAGCUCAGGUGUGGGCACAAAGCUGUCAGCCAAGCAGCAGUUUAUUCAAGGCCUUCGUGGGCCUGGGCUGAGGAGAGGGAGUGAGCCAGUGGGGGCUACUCUGCGGAGGGGUCAGUCUGGGCACCCCCGAGGUCCCUUCAGCCCAGUGAGCCGCAGCCUCGAGAGGCAUUUCAAUAAAGGAAACCAGCGAACAACUUUUGGACAGGAUCUUUCCAACAUGAUUUCCAACUGGGCUUCCCGUAACCGAGAAUUACUGGGCCGGGAGGCCUUGCCAGCAACCGGGAAGAUGGUCCGAGCAUCGUCAGAUGAGUCACUUGCCUCUCAGACCCACCAGCGCACCACCCAUGCUCACCAAUCCUCCUCCCCGCAUGAGCACGUAGCAUCACAGGAUGCUUUAAGGUCAAGACUAGACUUUGGUCCUGGUCUGGGCAUGAAGAAGUCUUCCAGCUUAGAAUCCCUACAGACCAUGGUGCAAGAGAUGACCAUGGAGGAGGAAGGUCACCGGAUGGGGUCAGGUCGGGUACCGAGAGGCCGUGGGUGUAAUGAGAGCUUUCGUGCAGCUGUUGACCGAUCUUAUGACGUCCCACUCAAUGGACUGCGCAGCAAAAUGGAGACCUUGGCUGAAGAGGAGUCGGAAUCUAGUGGGUCUGGAUUCGGCCGAGGCAACAGUCGCCAGUCAUCCGUUAACUCUGCUGCUGAGGACAAGCACAAGAAAAUUGGGAAGAAGAAGGCGGGUUUGCUCAAGGGUCUUGGCUCCAUGUUCAGGUUUGGGAAGCAUCGCAAAAGUGUAGAUAAUACAAAUAGUGGACCUGGCAGAGGGGACGGGGAGAGAGAGGGGCGAGGGGAGAUUGACCGGGCGGAGGUGGAGCGGCUGGCAGCAGUGCGGCGGCUGCAGCAGGAGGAGCACGACCACAUGCAAGAACAAUACAGGCGCCUCAUUGAGAACACCGCACGGACCUCACAGCAGCAGCAGGCGAGAGGGGAAGAUGGGGAGCCAUCUCGUUCAGAAAGGAUGCACCAGUUAAGGGCAGAGCAUCAGCGGCGCCACGCCCAGCGGAAUAGAACCUACCCAACGGACGACAUGGAGGAGCAUUAUGAGAGUGCCAUCAGACAGAUGCUGGAUGAAAGAGGACACUUGGAGGCUGACAAGGCAAACAAUAACACUCUUAAUUCUUCAGACAUCAAGCCGCAAGUAAUGUCUGAGAGUGUUGUGCAUAGGUCAGCCAAAUCCUAUCAACCUCCUUCCUCCAUGAACUCUUCUUGCCAUUCUUCCUCUUCUAAUAAAGUAAAAGGCACAGGGAACACAAACAGACACUCUUUUCAUGGCAUUGUCAACAGUCCUUCAGGCAAGACUGCUGCUACCUCCACUCACCGGUACUCUCUCUAUGGGGCAUGCUUUCGGCCAGAAACAGACUCACCUCGGCACAAAACAGAGAACAAAGCAGCUGGAGUCCCAGAUGUGGACAACAUAUCAGUUUUUAUGCAGUCAAACAAGUAUAUUCACAAUAAUGACAUAUAUUCAGUGCCUUGUAAGACUGGAACAAGUCCUCCUAAACCAAAUGAAAGCUAUGAUAUCUCAACUAAUGAUGAGGAAGCUAGGGUGAAUAAUUUGUCCAAUUUAAUUAUUCAAAAGUCUGUGUCUAGCAAACCUCCUUUGCCUCCUAGAAAUAGACCUAUCAAUAAUAAUUACAAGCCACCUACUAUCUAUCAUAGUCCUAAGCCAAACUCAAGCUCUGGUUCUGCUCCUCCUGUCAGUCGAUGUUCAACUCCUCAAAUGAACCAAAGAGCUCCUACCCAGACCACAACUAGUCACUUAUCUUCACAAUUCAGCCAAAUGAAUGAAAUUACCCCAGACUUCACUUUUUCCUUCACCAAAACUUUGCCAGACUUUAUGUCUUCCCGUAAUUAUUCCCUGGACAAAGUAAACAAUAACAAAACAAAUGAAUUGUCAAAUAGAAACUUCAUUAAUCAAAAUAUAAACGAGCACAGCUCUUUUGGUAAAGAGAACCGUGGUGGUGGCCCAGGCAGCGGCAGUGUUGGAAUUGAGGGGGAACAACGUGGUGGUGGUGGUAAUAGUGGGCCAACUUGGGGUUCUUCGGGAGUCAUGAGUGGGACUAACAAAAGCACACAAAAGCAUGGCAACUGUAUCAGUAAAAUAGCAGCGCCAUUAAGCAGCAACAACAGCAGCAGCAGCAACAGCAGCAGUGGCAGCAACAGCAGUAAUGGAAGUGCUGCACGCACCAACUCUCUGCCACGAAUGGGUGUGAAGGGGAAGGAGGCAGCCAUGUCUGCCCGAGGCUGGCCAUGCCCUCCUCCCCCUCCCCCUCCUAAGGGUGCUCCAGUCCCCUUGGCUGCCCUGCGCUCCACUGCAAUACUAGACAAUAGUCAAUUCUGGCGCCUGGAGCCAAUACCCAGUGAGCCACGAUCUGAAGUGCGACACGUGCGCUCUCACAGCUACGACUUGUAUGGAGAUGGUACAAGCAGGGCCAGCGAUGUGGCAGGCAGACCUGGGAGCCGCACUGCUUAUGCUGAUCCUCACACAUACUCUCAUUAUGUAAACUAUGAACAAAUUCAGCAGCAUUUACGCAAAAACAAGGAGCAGGAAAGGCUAAAGAAAUUAGCUAGUCAGCAGUACCAAGAUUUUCGGGAUAAACAGACUAGGCGACAGCUGGACGGGGCGCCCACCAUGCUCCUGCACAAGCUGGAGGAGACCUUUAUUCACGAGUCAAUUCUUGCAAGCCGGGAGGCAAGAGAAUACCAAAGCCAACGUGGGCCUCGGGACUCUGGGAGAGAAGGUCACCAUCGCCCUGUGAGCAACUACUAUGAGUAUGAGAGUGUUCAAGCCAUGAUUUCUCAUGCUCAAGACAACAGUAGCACUUCCCUACCCAGACGACACCAGCCACCACCACCUGGCCCGCCUCCACCUGCAAAAAACAGUGAAGGCAUCAGUAGCCUACAUCCUGGAGCCUCCCAGCCACAUCAUCUAACCAUGUACAAGCCAAGCGUCCACUCCAGUCAGUCAGGGCGCAGUGGCCUACCUGGAGCCAGCCAUGGGCAGCCUAGUUCAUACCACAGUCAGGGAGAGCGAGACUCCCACCGAAUUGAGGGAGUGUAUUCAUCAGGCUUUCGGCCAGCCAGUCACUACACUGGACCACACCACAAUGCACCCCCUCCCCCUCCUCAUCAUAGUACCAAAAUAACUGUGCCUGGCUCGAAAGUAUGAUAAAAACUGCAAAGUGUAUAAUUGCUGUAUAAUAUUUGUAAAGUCGUAGUUUUAAUCCAGAAAGGAACACAUUAAUUAAUUUAUUGAAAAUCAAAAUGUUAAUUGUGUAUAAGUGGUUGUUAAUAUAUGGAGAUUAGGCUGGAGGAUAAAGGACUAUAUGAGUGACUGUGUAGAUAACUGAGCAGUGCAUGAGAGAAUGGUUUGGCUACUGCUGUGUGAUGUACAAAUGGAAUGUUGUCCCCAGCCAGCCCCGUGUCACAGACAAAUGCAACAUUCCACAACUUCUAGUUUUAUGGUUGUAGUUUAAGAAACCAACUCCUUCUUCUUGCCUUUACCACACAUGCCCCAGCCAAAAGGAGGUAAUACACUGUUCAUCAGGUUGUGGCAGCUGCUGAGGUUUUGUAUUUGUUAAAAGAUGGCUGUGCAGGGUGUCUGGAAAGCCAGUCACCACCUCAGGCUGCCUCAGCACUGGGUACUCAUUGGUUGCAGAUCCUCCAUGUGCUCCUGAAGUUGGUGCCUUAUGUCAGUGAUGUGGAUGAGAUUGUGUGCCAUCCAUAAUGUUGCCUUGUGAGCAAUAGGUUGUUCAUCAAUAAAGUUUUAAUUGUGAUGCUGCAGACUCUUGUGACAUAUUUUAAUAUACAUAUAUAGAUUUUAUAUAGAAUUCAUAUUUGAAUACAUGUACAUUAAUUUAGUGAAAUUUACAAUGAAUGCAUUUUAUACUGAAUUUUAUGAUAUACUAUAUUGCUUUUAGCUUUUAAUGAAUAAUUUCUUAGCAAUUUCUGGAAUGAUAAAAUGGACCAAUACUUGGGUGUGCCAAAGUGGCCGGUGGUACAUGUCUGUGUUGGCAGUGUCCUCUGUACAGUAUUUUGUAAAGGACCAUUGUAUAAAUUAUUUGUAUGAUUGCUUUUAAAGAUUUUUAUACGGUGUGAAAGAAGUGAAGCAGCUUCAGUCACUCAUGUUGCAGCUGUCAGUCACUGCAGGAUACUGGAACUUUUCCAUGCUUCCAGAAGAGAAUAAAGGAAAUAUGUGAAAUCUUUUA